AUGGGUCACUUCCCAUUCAGCACAUCACUCGCAGAUGACCAGAUUCCACUAGAAUGGUGGACAGUGCUGAAGUUGGCACCCCAAGCAGAAACGUUUGCCAUUCUCGCCAUCAAGCUCUUUUCUGUCGUAUCGACCUCAAUGGCCGAUGAACGCACAUCAUCUGUACAAUACUGA